UGAGCACUGCUCGGCUUUCUUGUUUUUUUAAAUCCCGACGACUUCGGCAAAGUUAAAUUUCUUCAGCAAAGGAGGAAUUAACCCACAUGAAGGAGUCAUCCUUGAUGAGCUAAUUACGUGUGGUAUGAAGCGUCCAUUAAGUCCUGACCACAUCAUUGAAGAUGGGAUUAUGAGUCAACCAGCUGCUCUACGGACCUUUGAAGAAAAAGGACUGAGGAAUGACAGACAGGAUUACCAAUUAAGCAAAGAAAAGAAGAAGAUACUGUUUUCCUUCUGUGAAGUGUGCAAUAUACAGCUGAACUCUGCAGCCCAAGCUCAAGUUCAUUACAACGGGAAAUCUCACUUGAAAAGAGUGAAGCAGCUAAACAAUGGAAAAGUCCCUACAAGUACAGCUCCUGGCACUUUGUUUGCAAGUACCAGCACAGGCACUACUACACUUCCCACCCUUGUGCGCACACCUACCUUGAUGAUGCAGCCUUCCCUGGAUAUCAAACCCUUUAUGCCCUUCCCUGUGGACAGCAGCUCUGCUGUUGGAUUCUUCCCAAAUUUUAACACAAUGGAUCCUGUGCAAAAAGCAGUCAUAAACCAUACAUUUGGAGUGUCCAUUCCCCCAAAGAAGAAGCAAGUAAUUUCCUGUAAUGUCUGCCAGCUUCGUUUUAACUCUGAUAGCCAGGCCGAGGCCCACUACAAAGGAAGUAAACAUGCCAAGAAGGUCAAAGCUCUAGAGGCAACGAAGAACAAGCCCAAAGCUGGUUCUUCCAAGGACAGCGCAAAGGUUAACACGGGCUGCUCCACCGCGCCAGUCGCAGCCAGCAUCUCUGACAAAUCAGAAGAUAAAGGGAAUGAAAAAUCCAACAGUGUGAGUCAGCAGUCCAAUACAGAAGUGGAUCCUUUUCUUCCCAAACCUGGAGGGGCGCCUGCAGCGCCUGCCUCAUCUUCCAAGAGCACCAACGGAGCUGCUAACACAGUCACUGAGUCAGAAGAGGAAAAAGCCAAAAAACUACUUUACUGUUCAUUAUGCAAAGUGGCUGUGAAUUCCCUUUCACAACUAGAAGCCCACAAUACAGGCUCCAAGCACAAGACCAUGGUUGAAGCUCGGAAUGGUGCUGGUCCCAUCAAGUCCUACCCCCGGCCUGGGUCCCGAAUGAAGGUGCAGAAUGGCAGCAAAGGCUCAGGACUGCAGAACAAGACGUUCCAUUGUGAAAUCUGUGAUGUCCAUGUUAAUUCAGAAAUUCAGCUUAAGCAGCACAUUUCCAGCCGAAGGCACAAGGACAGAGUUGCAGGAAAGCCUAUGAAACCUAAAUAUAGUCCUUACAACAAACUGCAGCGCAACCCAAGUAUUUUAGCAGCAAAACUUGCAUUCCAGAAGGACAUGAUUAAGCCUCUGGCACCUGCUUUCCUCUCCUCUCCUCUUGCUGCAGCUGCAGCUGUAUCAUCAGCUCUGUCCCUCCCUCCCCGGCCCUCGGCAUCCCUGUUCCAGGCACCAGCAAUCCCGCCCGCCCUCCUCCGGCCGGCCCACGGGCCCAUCCGGGCCACGCCCGCCUCCAUCCUCUUUGCACCGUACUAACUUAUUGAUGUGAGACAGAGAUAACUAUGGCCAGUACAAAGGGCAAAGGAAAGCAGGAAAGGGGUUGAGGUUUUAAAGUGUUUCUCUUUCGCAAUGCCAUCCAGCAUGACACCUCAUCCAACCGCAUCAUAAAAUCCAUCGUUGGCAGCACUGCGUUUUGGAGUCUAGACAACUCUGUCUUCUCUCUGUCUCUGUUUUCUUAAUCAAAAUAGCGUAAUUUGCUUAAAAAUUAAAUUGCUCAUAAAAUUUGUACUAUUAAAGAUUCAUGCAUCUAUUCAUUUUUUCUUCUUUUUUUUGUGUUUUUUUUUUUGUUUUUCAAUUUGUACGAUGCACCUUGGAAUCAAGGAACAUAAAAUAUUUUCCUGACUGACUUGAAAACUAGGGUCUUCCUCACUCACACCUAUGUAAAUACUUCUCUGAAAAGCAACUGGGUAUAAUCUAAUGUGGAAAAAAGGAAAAGGCAGAUGAACCAAAUGCUUGAUUGCAGAUAACAUC